AUGAAGUUUUGGCAAAAAUUAGUGGGUCGUCGAGAUCAUGGCGAAAGCUUUGUGCAGGAAGAAAAACACUUAGAUUUAGAUGUUCAUUGGUUACAACCAGCGAUUAAUUUAGACAAAUUUCUCUGUCAAUCUUUGUCUCACUCCCUGCCCCUCAUCGUGCUAUCUAUCUAUCUAUCUAUCUAUCUAUCUAUCUAUCUAUCUAUCUAUCUAUCUAUCUAUCUAUCUAUCUAUCUAUGUCUGUUCUUUAUCUAUCUAUCUAUCUAUCUAUCUAUUCAUCAACAGUAUCUAUCUAUCUAUCUAUCUAUCUAUCUAUCUAUCUAUCUAUAUAUAUAUAUAUAUAUAUAUUUUCUACUUUGUUUCAUUCACUUCAUUCAUUCAUACUUAACUUUCUCUUUCCAUACAUUGUUUUUUAUCUAUCUAUCUAUCUAUCUAUCUAUCUAUCUAUCUAUCUAUCUAUCUAUCUAUUUUUCAAGUGGUCAUCUUUCUUGCUGGAUUUUCUUUCCUUCCUUCAUUUCGUCCAAUCCAUUUGCAACUUAUUACUUUUUUUUUCAUUCACUUUCUCUCCUAUUUUUCUCUCUCACUCUUUCUUUUUUCUUUCUUUCAUUCUUUUCUCCGUUCUUUUAUAAUCUAAAAUCUGCUAACAUGAUCACCACCAACGAUGCAACAUCUAUCUAUCUAUCUAUCUAUCUAUCUAUCUAUCUAUCUAUCUAUAUAUAG